AGGCAGAGAGACGGUGGCGGAGCAGCAGGGAGGCUUGGCCGGGGAACAAUAGAGAGGAACACCGCCAGCCUUCAGGCUCCAAACACGGACGAGGCGACCGAAAGCGAAGCCGGGAGCGGGAUGGGGGCCACCUAACGCCGGGACCGGGACAUGCGUGGAUCUUUACCUUCCUGUCUCUCUUUGUCUUUCCGAUCCGGGAUUGUGUGGAACCGGAAUCCGGCAUGAACCCCGCAGAAGCGGCCGAGGAGGCGCCCAGCGACCCCGACACGGAUGUCUUCUACAAAGCAGGCUGCAUGAGGACUGAAGGCAUCAAGGCGUCGGAUGUUCUCCCCGUCUUGAAGGACAAAGUGGCGUUUGUGUCGGGUGGGCGGGACAAACGAGGCGGCCCCAUCCUGACCUUCCCCGCAAGAAGCAACCACGACCGAAUAAAGCAGGAGGACCUGAGGAGGCUGGUCACCUACCUGUCUACCGUUCCCAGCGAGGACGUCUGCAAGAGAGGCUUCACCGUCAUCAUCGACAUGCGGGGCUCCAAGUGGGAGUUAAUCAAGCCUCUCCUCAAGACCCUCCAGGAGUUCUUCCCGGCGGAGAUCUGUGUGGCGCUCAUCAUCAAACCCGACAACUUCUGGCAGAAGCAGAAGACCAACUUUGGCAGCGCCAAGUUCUCCUUCGAGACCAGCAUGGUGUCCGUGGAAGGUCUGGCCAAGCUGGUGGACCCGUCCCAGCUGACAGACGACUUUGAAGGCUCCCUGGACUACAACCACGAGGAGUGGAUGGACCUGAGAGUCUCCCUGGAGGAGUUCAUGUCCAACGCCGUCCACCUGCUGUCCAGACUGGAGGACCUGCAGGAGCUGUUAUCCAAGAAAGAUUUUCCCUCUGAUGUUGAAGGAUCUCGUCGGCUGAUAGAAGAACACACGCAGCUGAAGAAGAAGGUGCUGAAGGCUCCAGUGGAAGAGCUGGAUCGGGAAGGCCAGCGCUUGUUGCAGUGCAUCCGAUGCAGCGACGGUUACUCGGGGAGGAGCUCCAUCUCCGGAUCUGCUGACUUCCAGAGCCUGGUCCCCAAGGUGGCCAGUCUGCUGGACAAGCUCCACUCCACCAGGCAACAUCUCCACCAGGUGUGGCACGUCAGGAAGCUGAAGCUGGACCAGUGCUUCCAGCUGCGCCUCUUUGAGCAGGACGCAGAGAAGAUGUUCGACUGGAUCAACCACAACAAGGAGCUGUUCCUGCAGAGCCACACCGAGAUCGGCCGAGCGUACCAGCACGCCGCCGAGCUGCAGACGCAACACAACCACUUCGCCAUGAACUCCAUGAACGCUUACGUCAACAUCAGCAGGAUCAUGUCGGUGGCCGCCCGCCUGGCCGAGGCGGGCCACUACGCCUCCACGCAGAUCAAACAGAUCUCGGGUCAGCUGGACCAGGACUGGAAGAGCUUUGCCGCCGCUCUGGACGAGCGCUCCACCAUCCUCGCCAUGUCGGCCGUUUUCCAUCAGAAGGCGGAGCAGUUCUUGUCGGAGGUGGAGGCCUGGUGCAAGGUCUGCAGCGAGGGGGGGCUGCCCUCGGAGAUGCAGGAGCUGGAGCUGGCCAUCCACCGCCACCAGAGCCUCUACGAGCAGGUCACCCAGGCCUACACCGAGGUGAGUCAGGAUGGAAAAGCCCUCCUGGACGUCCUCCAAAGACCUCUCAGUCCCGGCAACUCCGAGUCCAUGACGGCCACCGCCAAUUACUCCAAAGCUGUCCACUGUAUCCUGGACGUGGUCCAUGAAGUGCUCCACCACCAGCGUCGUCUGGAGAACAUCUGGCAGCAUCGAAAGGUCCGACUGCACCAGCGGCUGCAGCUGUGCGUCUUCCAGCAGGACGUCCAGCAGGUGAUGGACUGGAUCGAGAACCACGGCGAGGCCUUCCUCAGCAAACACACGGGCGUGGGAAAGUCUCUUCACCGAGCUCGAGCCCUGCAGAAACGACACGACGACUUUGAGGACGUCGCUCAGAACACGUACACCAACGCCGACAAGCUCCUGGAGGCGGCCGAGCAGCUGGCCCAGACGGGCGAGUGCGACCCGGAGGAGAUCUACAAGGCGGCGCGGCACCUGGAGGUCCGGAUUCAGGACUUUGUGCGGCGUGUGGAGCACAGGAAGCUGCUGCUGGACAUGUCGGUGUCCUUCCAUACGCACACCAAAGAGCUGUGGUCGUGGAUGGAGGAGCUCCAGAAGCAGCUGCUGGACGACGUGACCUGCGACUCGGUGGACUCGGUGCAGACGCUGAUCCAGCAGUUCCAGCAGCAGCAGACGGCCACGCUGGAGGCCACGCUCAACGUCAUCAAGGAGGGGGAGGAGCUCAUGCAGCAGCUCAGGGACGCGGCCAUGUCCACAAACAAGACGCCCCACUGCAGUUCCAUCGCUCACAUCCAGGGGGUGCUGCAGCAGCUGGACGAGGCUCAGGGCCAGAUGGAGGAGCUGUUCCACGAGCGCAAGAUCAAACUGGACAUCUUCCUCCAGCUGCGCAUCUUUGAGCAGUACACCAUCGAGGUGACCGCCGAGUUGGACGCCUGGAACGAGGACCUGUCUCGCCAGCAGAGUGACGCGGCACGCUCGAGCAGCAGCGGCGGCGGCGGAGGAAGCGCCGGUGGCGCCCCCUCUGGCGGGGCGGAGGACAUCGCCCUGGCGGAGCAGCGACUGAAGAGGCACGCUGAGAGGAAGGCGGCCAUGAACAACAUGACCUAUGAAGUCAUGCAGCAAGGACAAGACCUGCACCAGUACAUCAUGGAGGUCCAAGCCUCGGGCAUCGAGCUGACGGGGGAGAAGGACAUGGACUUGGCCUCUCAGGUCCAGGAGCUGCUGGAGUUCCUUCACGAGAAGCAGCAGGAAGUGGAGCUGAGCGCUCAGCACACGCACGCUCGACUGGAGCAGAGUCUGCAGCUGCGCCACCUGCAGGCCGAAGUCAAGCAGGUUCUCGGCUGGAUCCGUAACGGCGAGUCCAUGCUGAACGCCAGCAUGGUGAACGCCAGCUCGCUGUCUGAGGCCGAGCAGCUGCAGAGGGAACACGAGCAGUUCCAGAUGGCCAUCGAGUCUCUCUUCCAUGCCAACUCCCUCCAGAAGACCCAUCAGAGUGCUCUUCAGGUCCAGCAGAAAGCUGAGAUGAUGCUUCAGGCCGGCCACUACGACCCGGACGCCAUACGCGGCUGUGCCGAGAAGGUGGCGGUCCACUGGCAGCAGCUGAUGCUGAAGAUGGAGGACCGCCUCAAACUGGUCAACGCCUCGGUGGCCUUCUACAAGACGUCGGAACAGGUGUGCAGCGUCCUGGAGAGCCUGGAGCAGGAGUACCGGCGGGACGAGGACUGGUGCGGCAGUCAGGAGAAAGUGGGAGCGCCGGCCGAGUGCGAGCACCUCCUGCCGCUCAUCAGCAAACACCUGGAGCAGAAAGAAGCCUUCCUCAAGGCGUGCACGCUGGCCCGCAGGAACGCCGAGGUCUUCCUCAAGUACAUCCACAGGAACAACGUGAGCACGCCGGGAGCCGCCAGUCACCCCAGAGGGCCCGAGCAGCAGGUCAAAGCAAUUCUCAAUGAGCUUCUGCAGAGGGAGAACCGAGUCCUCCACUUCUGGACUUUGAAGAAGAGAAGACUUGACCAUUGUCAGCAGUACCUUGUUUUUGAACGCAGCGCCAAGCAGGCGCUGGACUGGAUCCAGGAGACAGGUGAGGUCUACCUGGCCACCCACACCUCACCUGGCGACAGCAGCAAGGAAACGCAGCAGCUGCUUCAUGACCACCGCCACUUCCGACUCACCGCCAAGCAAACCAAGGAGAAGGUGAAGCUCCUCAUCCAGCUGGCCGACAACCUGGUGGAGAAAGGCCACGCCCACGUGUCGGAGCUGAAGCGCUGGGUGAGCACGGUGGACCGCCGCUACCGAGACUUCUCCCUGCGCAUGGCCAAGUACCAGGAGACCCUGGAGAGGAGCCUCGGCGUCUCCUCCGAGGACAACAAGGACUUGGAGCUGGACAUUAUUCCCGCCAGCCUGACAGACGACCCCGAGGUCAAACUGCGUGACCCCAGCCACGAGGUCAACGAGGAGAAGAGGAAGUCUGCGCGCAAGAAAGAGUUCAUCAUGGCCGAGCUCCUGCAGACUGAGAAGACCUACGUCCGAGACCUCCAGGAAUGUCUGGAGACCUACCUGUGGGAGAUGAGCAGGGGCGGAGACGAGAUUCCGCCCGCCAUCGCCAACAAGGAGCACGUCAUCUUCGGGAACAUGCAGGAGAUCUACGACUUCCACAACAACAUUUUCCUGAAGGAGCUGGUCAACUACGAGCAGCUUCCAGAAGACGUUGGACACUGCUUCGUCACCUGGGCGGACAAGUUCCACAUCUACGUGGAUUACUGCAAGAACAAACCAGACUCCAGCCAGCUCAUCCUGGAACACGCCGGAACCUUCUUUGACGACAUCCAACAGCAGCGAGGACUGGCCAACUCCAUCUCGUCUUACCUCAUCAAGCCGGUGCAGAGGAUCACAAAGUACCAGCUCCUCCUGAAGGAGUUGCUGUCGUGCUGCGAGGAGGGCAAAGGGGAGAUCAAGGACGGUCUGGAGGUCAUGCUCAGCGUCCCCAAGCGAGCCAACGACGCCAUGCACCUGGCCAUGUUGGAAGGUUUCGAAGAGAACUUGGAGGUUCAGGGCGAGCUCAUCCUGCAGGACGGUUUCCAGGUCUGGGACCCGCGCGCCCUCAUCCGAAAGGGGCGGGACCGACACCUCUUCCUGUUUGAGCUCUCGCUGGUCUUCAGCAAGGAGUUCAAGGACUCGUCGGGCAGAACCAAGUACCAGUACAAGCAGAGACUACUGACGUCCGAGUUGGGGGUGACGGAGCACAUCGAAGGCGACCCGUGUAAAUUUGCUCUGUGGGCUGGAAGGACGCCCUCGUCUGACAACAAAACGGUGCUGAAGGCGUCCAGCGUGGAGGCCAAGCAGGAGUGGAUCAAGAACAUCAGGGAGGUGAUCCAGGAGAGGAUGACCCACCUGAAGGGGGCGCUGAAGGAGCCCGUUCAGCUGCCGAAAACGCCGGCGCUCGCCAAACCUCGAAAUAACGGCAAAAGGGAUGGAGGUGAAGACGGAGACAGCCAAGGAGACGGCACCAGCCAGCCGGACACCAUCUCCAUCGCCUCCAGAACCUCGCAGAACACGGUGGACAGCGACAAGCUCUCUGGUGGUUGUGAGCUGACCGUGGUGCUGCAGGACUUCACGGCGGGAUGCAGCAGCGAGAUUUCAGUCAGCACCGGCCAGACGGUGGAGCUGCUGGAGCGGCCCAGCGAGCGUCCCGGCUGGUGCCUGGUGCGGACCACGGAGCGCACCCCGCCCCAGGAGGGUCUGGUGCCGAGCUCGGCGCUGUGCGUGUCGCACUCGCGCUCCAGCGUGGAGAUGGACUGCUUCUUCGGCUCAGGGAAAGAGAACUACCCCGUCAGCGGCACGGACGGAAGGAGCGAGUCGGUGGCCAACCUCCAGCCGCAGCCGUCCCUCGGCUCUCUACGGUCCAACUCGCCCGGACCCAAACGCUCUGGAAACACGCUGAGGAAAUGGCUGACCAGUCCCGUCCGCCGCCUCAGUCACGGCAGCUCGGUGAAGAAGCUCCCCAACAACAAACACAAGAAGACAGGUCCCGGGUCGGGGCGAGAGGAGAGCAGGAAGGGACAAGCCGACCCCGGCCUGCAGGAUGACGUCAUUGACGAGCGCAAGGACGCCAACCUCCUCUCCAAGACGCCCUCUGGCAUGCAGAGCGGCGGCGAGGAGGAGCAGGACGAGGAGGCCCACACCCCCCUGCCUCCCCCCAUGGAGAUCAUCAAGGACCCCUCGGCCCAGGACGACAAGUCCUCGUCCUUGCUAACGUCUCUGCAGUCGUCCUCUGAGGUGCCGUGUGCCGCCGAGCUGGUUAGCGCCAUAGAAAAGCUGGUUAAAACCAAGAUGACCUUAGAACCUGGAGCCUACCCAGGAUUCACCCCGCUGUCGCCCCCAGAACAAAGCACUCCCGUGCAGCCCCGGAACCCUGAGCUGGAGCAGAGAGCCAAAGCCAUGAGGGGGCGCAUGUUUGUUCUCAACGAGCUGAUCCAGACAGAGAAGGACUACGUGAAAGACUUGGGCAUCGUGGUUGAGGGUUUCAUGAAGAGGAUCGAGGAGAAGGGCGUCCCAGAGGACAUGAAAGGAAAAGAGAAGAUUGUGUUUGGGAACAUCCACCAGAUCUCCGACUGGCACCGAGACUUCUUCGUGGGCGAGCUGGAGAAAUGUCUGGACGACCACGAGCAUCUCCCCGAGCUCUUCAUCAAACACGAGAGACGACUGCACAUGUAUGUCAUCUACUGCCAGAAUAAACCCAAGUCUGAGUUCAUUGUCGCCGAAUAUGAUACAUAUUUUGACGGCGUCCAGCAGGACAUCCAGUCCCGACUGACCAUCAGCGACUUCCUGAUCAAGCCAAUCCAAAGAAUCACCAAAUACCAGCUACUACUGAAGGAUUUCCUCAAGUACAGCUCCAAAGCCGGAAUGGACUGUGAACAAAUUGAGAAAGCCGUGGAUUUGAUGUCUCAGGUUCCCAAACUGUGCAACGACAUGAUGAACUUAGGCCGACUGCAAGGCUACGAGGGUAAGCUGACCAGUCAGGGCAAGCUCCUGCAGCAGGAGACGUUCUUCGUGACCGAGCAGGACGCCGGCGUCCUGUCGCGCUCGAAAGAACGCAGGGUUUUCCUGUUCGAGCAGAUCGUCAUCUUCAGCGAGCUUCUCCGGAAAGGCUCGUCCACGCCCGGAUACCAGUUCAAGAAGAGCAUCAAGGUGUCCUACCUGGGCCUGGAGGAGAGCGCGGAUAACGACCCGUGUAAGUUCAUCCUGUCGUCUCGCGGCUCGUCGGAGCGUUUCACGCUGCAGGCCGCCAACGUGGACAUCAAGCAGGUCUGGAUCGGGCACAUCCAGGACCUGCUGGAUGCCCAAAGCAACUUCCUGUCGGCGCUGCAGUCCCCCAUCGAGUACCAGCGGGAGCGGGGCGGGGCCAGCGCCUCGCUGACCAGAAAGCGCUCCACCGCCAGCAACCGCUCGGCCACGUCCUCCCACAGCCGGCCUUCGUCGGCGGUCGGGCCGGGCGAGAAGGAGGGCGAGAGGGGGCGGGGCCAGAUGACCGCUUCCACCUCCAACGGGGGAACGUCGUGGGAGGGCGACGGCGGCUGCAACGGCGUCUCGUCCAGCAUGCGCGUCACUCAGGACUACUCGGCGCUGAAGGAGAACGAGAUCUGCGUGAGCCAGGGCGAGACGGUGCAGGUCCUGGCCGCCAACCAGCAGAACAUGUACCUGGUCUACCGGCCCGCCGACAGCCGCUCGCCCGCCGCCGAGGGCUGGGUGCCGGGUCACGUCCUGGGCCCGCCCCCCAAGCCUUUAAAGGACUCCUCCUCCGCCACGUCCUUCCCGGCGGCGGUGGCCGACGCCGACAACAUCAAGAAGUCCCUGUCGUGGAACACGCUGCGUGCCAGGAAGCGCGCCGAAGCCAAGGAGGCGUCGACUUUGGGUGUCAGAGGUCAGGAGAACGGCCUCCUGCUGCGUAAGGCAAAAGAAAACGUGCCCCCUGUCGCCAGGGCGAAGGGCAAAGAAGUUCACACUUCCGAUGAAUCGGAUUGUGACGAUGAGCUGGACCCAAAGACAGGAAUGGAGCUUCUCAACCCAAACUUCAUCCAAGAAGUGGCUCCCGAGUUCCUGGUCCCGCUCUCGGACGUGGCGUGCGCCUUCGGGGAGACGGUGGUCCUCUGCUGCAAAGUGUGCGGGCGACCCAAACCCUCCGUCACCCUGAAAGGACCCGACCAGAACCCGGUGACCAGCAACAGCCGCUUCGCCAUCGACAUCAGGGACACGGGGGACAUCUUGUUGAAGAUCUGCAACCUGAUGCCGCAGGACACGGGCAUCUACACCUGCGUGGCCGUGAACGAGCAUGGCUCCGCCUCCUCCUCCGCCUCCAUCAAAGUGCAAGGUAUCCCAGCAGCCCCCGGGAGGCCGGUGGCCCAGGAGGCCAGCAGCACGGCCGUGAUGCUCCGCUGGCCGGCGCCGGCUUCCUCCGCCCACUGUGCGGUCAGCAGCUACGCCGUGGAGUACCGACAGGAAGACUCGUUGUUAUGGCAACAGAUGGCCAGCUGCCGGGAGGAGUGUCUUCAGAUCGAUACCCUCAUCCCCGGCGGGCACUACCAGUUCAGAGUGCGGGCUUCCAACCGCUGGGGCGUGGGCCCGCCGUCGGAACCCUCCAAUAUGGUUUCUCUGUCCAGCUGCAACACGGCUCAUGACGGAGCGGGAAUCGAAUGGAAGGAAAACUUUCAGUCCAAUUUCUCGGAGAUGGCUGAGAUCGGAAGAGGACGUUUCUCGGUGGUGAAAAAAUGUCUUAACAAAUCCACCAAGAAGGAGGUUGCUGUGAAGUUUGUGAGCAAGAAGAUGCAGAAGAAGGAGCAGGCGGCGCACGAGGCCGACAUCCUCCAGCAUGUCCACAAUCACCAGCUGGUGGCGCUGUUGGAUACCUACGAGUCACCCACGUCGCUGAUGCUGGUCCUGGAACUGCUUGAGGACGGUCGCCUCCUGGAUUACCUGGUGGCCCAUGAUGAGCUGAUGGAAGAGAAGGUGGCCUUCUUCAUGAGCGACAUUUUAGAAGCCCUGCAGCACCUUCACACCUGCAGAGUUGCACACUUGGACCUGAAGCCUGAGAACAUCAUGGUGGACCUCCACUCUCCCACCCCCUGCAUAAAGCUCAUUGACUUGGGAGACGCUGUCCAGCUGUCCGCCCACCGCCGCUACGUCCACCUGCUCCUCGGAAAUCCGGAGUUUGCGGCGCCCGAGCUCAUCUGCGGCACCCCGGUGUCCGUCGCCACCGACGUGUGGAGCGUGGGCGUCUUGGCGUACGUCAUGCUCAGCGGAGUGUCGCCAUUUCUGGACGAGUCGCCCGAGGAAACCUGCGUCAACAUUUGCCGCCUGGACUUCUGCUUCCCGGAUGACUACUUCCAGGGUGUGAGCCAGGCGGCGAGGGAUUUCGUGACGGCGGCGCUCCAGCAGGAUCCAAGGAAGAGGCCGAGCGCUACUUCCUGCCUGCAGCAUCCGUGGGUGGGUCGCGGGGGCGCGCACGGCGGAGACUACUCCAAGACGCCUCUGGACACGACGCGUUUGGCGAUGUUUAUCGACCGAAGGAGACAGCUGCACGACAUUCGCCCCAUAACCAACAUCAAGGGACUGGUGAGCAUCGGUAUGGGGAACUCACUGUGACAAGCUCUCAAUGGAAGCCCACCAGAUUUUGGAGGUGGUGUGAUCCUGGAUCUGGCCCCUGUGCCCAGCCUUCCCCGAUACCUCUGAUCCUGUAACUGAGGUCCCUGCAGUCCAAAGAUGUUAGCCUUUAGUUUCAAAGACACUGUGAGGGAUCAUGGACCAAAGAAGUGACUUUGGUCUCUGGUCCUUGGUUCCCAGACUUAUUUUGCAGCGCCCCCUUUUGGAGAUGAAAUUACUUUCAGCUCGGCAGUACCUGGGUGGUUUGCUGCCAAUGGAGCAGGGGAUCUUCAUCCUCAGGUCCUUCAACUCAGCCAGUUAUUUCAAGGACUGAACAGACUGUCUCUCGGCCACACUUGGAUCAGACCCAAUGAAUCCACUGUCCCAGUCUGAGGACGCCAUUGAAAAGAAACGGGGUGAUCCUUGUCGCUGGCAAACAGGACUGCUUUGCCUAAAGACGACGGUAUUGUUGCCCAGGGACCAGCCUUUGGUAGACUUGAGUCCUGUGGCAUCUACCCUAUCUGGGAAUGUAGGUACUCAAGGAAGGACAAGAGCUUUGUCUCCUGUCCUAGAAACUUCUGGUGCAACUUGGGCAGCACUUCCUUGGUCUUCCCCAAGGCACCUUGAACGGCAGGAACUAAGGGAAAGGGGUGAUGUCUCUGGUCCUUAAGUCUGAACAGCUGUUUUACCAAAGGACAACUGGGGACAACAUGUGGGACGAGGUUAUGGCACUGAUGGAGCUUUGGUGGUCUUCUGUCAUACGGAAUGAUGCCCAUCUGAGGAGAAGGUUCCUAGGACGAAAGGACCAAGUGCAUUGUGGUCGUUUCUUGUCCUUGGAUCUGCUGAGCAAUUUGCUUCUGUACACUUGAAAUGUGCUUAGAUCGAUGAUCGCCGUCUCUGGUCCUUAACACUGACCAUCUAAGAACCUGCUCAGGUAUUCGACCCAUACUGAUGAGGCCUCAGUAGUGAACGGUCCAUCGGACCCAGACCCAUCUGAGGACAAUUUCCCAUUCAAAACGAAAACAUUCUUGAAAAUAGUCUGUAUUGUUUUGGUAAAACCCUUGUUUACAUGACAUACGUAUAGAGUACUGGUCACCUUGGAAUUGGUAGAUGUCCUCCUCCGUCUCCUUUUAGGGGGUCCAACCAGGCCCAACAAAAGCCGCCCAACAAUCUUCAGACAGUCCGGGAACACGGUACUCUUAGUACAAACUGCGCUAAAAGAUAGCAAAAAAAUGGCAGACAAAAGACUUAGCCAAGCAGCUAAUCCCAGUCGUCUUCUUACUAGCUUUAGCGGUGCUAACAUCAGCUUUGGCUGCUAACCAGGAGCUUUUGUUUGGAAAUCAUCUGACUUAUUUUCAGUUUUAUUAGGAACCUGUUUUAAUUUUGUGUUUGUAACAUGAUUGUCAUCUCAAAAUGGGCCAAAAAAAAGUGGUUAAAUGGUCUAUCGGUCACAGACCAAGGUGGCUAGGUCCAGCUACUUGGUGGUCCACGUUGGCUAUUACACGGCUUUGACACUGACAGGAUUUGAGGAGGUGCUAGCUCUUGUGGGCACGGUCCACCUUCGCUAUUAAAGAGUCCCUGACGUGGACUUAAGAGAUGAAGAUUGGUGGUGUUCAAAAAUGGCUUUGGGAAAUGGAACAACGGAGAACAUCAUAACAAACGUCAUGAAGGACUUGAUCCUCAACACGAGCGCUGAAUGCCGACUGGACUCCGCUCAAAUGCGCAGAACCCUUUACCCAAUAUCCAAGGACAUGAAGCGAUCUUUCAGUUCCCAAAGGGAGCACGGACUGGUCCAUUCCGGUCUACAGGAUGAACUGGAUUAAUUGACACACAUUCCCAGACUUCAGUGAAGACUGGAAGGCCACCAAGGAGACUUAGCCUAGCUUGUAUCAUGUUUACACUUCCACCAAAAGCUGUGGUGUCUUAGCUAGAACUUUCCAGUAGAAUCAGGGACGCCGUGCAUGUAAAUCUCUUCCCAGGACCACAUCAACGUGUCCCAUCGUUGGUCUGCGUUUGCGAUCAUUGAAUGUACUUGCUUGUAAGAAUGUGUCUUUCACGGAAUGAAGUGUGUAGUGCUUCACGUAGAAGGCGACGGGUGCUGGGACGGUCCAGGUCCGCACAGGAAGGAUGUUUACCGUAUUUUGUACUCGGGCAUUUACUCGAUGAUUUUAUGUUGACGCUAAAGCGAUGAUGGCUUUGUGCUGUGAGCGUUCAAAUUAGUGUCUCUGCAUCCCGCCGCCAUCUUGUUUUUACUAAUAAAAACCUUGCUUAUUUACAUUGACAUCUGUCUGCUU